UGGUCAGACUACAUCAGCCUAGCCUACUGAUUUGGGUAAAUAUACCCUUUCCAACUGAGUGGUUUUGAGUAACAGUCUGAGGUGAACACUACAAGUUUGGUGAAAAAGCUCAUCUGUGUUCUCAUAUAUAAGAGAGAGAGAUAUAGAGCAUUCACAGUUUCUCCACCACCAUGAAGCUCCUCGUCCUGCUGUCCGUCUGCUCCUGUCUGGCACUGAACGCCUGGACUCAGCCACGUCCAUGCGUUUCACCACCAUGGAUCACUGGGGGAAUUUCAAUGAGUAUGAAAGACGGGGCUAAAACCUCUUCUGGCAUGUUCACUUAUGAUGGAUGGGGUCAACAAGUUCGCUUUAGAAACUUUGAAACGGAACACAGCACCACCCAUUUCACUGACCUGCUGAUGAACUUCAAACAGAAAGUCAUCUAUGAGAUCGACCAUGCAAGCCAGACGUGUAAAAAGAAAUCACUGGAGACGUCCUUCCACCCCAUGCAGGUCCCACCAGACUCACUGUUCUUUGGCCAGGCCAUUAUGGGAACCACCUCUAUACCUGCAGGUGGAUUACUGGUCAAUAACUGGGUUGGAGAAGUGUCAGAGAUAAAGGCCCAGUACAUGCUAAUCUUCUCUGAGUACACCUGUCUGCCUAUAACUGCUAUGGUCCACAGACCAGGCCUUGGGUGGACAGCAAUAAGCUUCUUCAAUCAAGUUCUGACUGUGCUGGACCCCAGUGACUUCACUCCUCCUGCAUUCUGUCAAAAUGCUGUGUUUGAAGAAACUGAAAACACUGACUUCAUUAAAGCCAUCCACUCAGUAAUCGAACAGAAUAUCUAACAGCCCCUGACUGCCAGCUUACUAAUGCUGAUCAAUGCAGUGGAAUCAGAGGAUUAAGGCAUUUAAGACUGAUGUGUAUGUGAUGCCACAUAUUCCAAAGUUUUUUUAAAUGUUCAAUAAAAGUACUGUGCAUGAUUAAA